GUAUGUAAUGUUUUAUUCGGCGUGCUGCAGGUCAAUGUAUAUACCUUCCACUAAAGAUGUUCCCAGCUUUUCCAUCUCCUGCCCCUCAUUCUGUCUGGAAGACCAGUGCAAGUGUUCUUACUUCUCCACCUCACAAACGAAAGGCAAGCCCUAUGGAAUUGGACCAGCAGCCCCCUUUGAAGAAAACAGCUACUGAUGGAGAGGUUAGUGUGGAUCUGGCGAAUUCCUCACCAUCUCAUAAGAAAGAGGAGACAGGAACUCAAGCUUCAGUUGAUUCAAAAAUUGGUUCACCAUCAUCUUCUGGACAGAUGAAAAAUCAGAUCACUACCGACGGUGAAGUUAUAAGUAGUGGGGGUGAUACUCAGGGUUUUAAUAUCUCAGCAGUCCUAGCCCAGGUUUGGAAGGAUGAACUGAAUUCAGGACGUAUCCUGACAUCACUGGUUGAGCUGUUUGGUGAAAACAUCCUCUCAUUCAUUCAAACUCGUGAGAUGUAUAUGAUCUUGUAACAUAGGGCGUAUCGUAGCAAGUUUGUCUAUGGAUAAACCAUGGAUGACCUGUAGGUAAUAUGUGAUUUUGUGAACAAAUUAAUAUCACUUGGUAUGAAAUGUAUAAUUUUCUUCUGGAGAUGAAA